UACUACAACAUCAACCAGGUGGCUCUGGGGCGACGCUCCCUCGCAUCCCCCCUUCCACCAGCUCUAACAAGAGGAAGUCGUUAGACGACAGUGAGCUGGAGAGCCCCACGGACGACGUCUUCUACCCCGGACGCUCCCCAGCCGCAGGCUCCUCCCAGUCCAGCGGCUGGCCCAACGACAUGGAUGCAGGUGGAGACCUUCAUUCCCCAUCCCCAAGCUCACACCAUGUUGACCGUCACCUGAUAAUGCAGCACCAUUUGGCCAGUGUGCAGGAGAGGAAGAUAAAACAUGAACAUGAUGGAGUGCAGUUUCCUUACCAUGGACUGUCCUCGCCUGGUUCUCUUAAGAAGCCGGGGAAGUUUGAUUUCAACGCCCUGUCGCCCCAGACGAGGUCCCCCCGCAUGACGUUCACACACCACCCGCUGCCCGUGCUGGCAGGAGUGAGACCAGGGAGUCCCCGUGCCUCAGCGUCAGCUCUCCACUUCCCCUCCUCCUCCAUCAUCCAGCAGUCCAGUCCCUACUUCACUCACCCCACCAUCCGCUACCACCACCACCAGGACCCGCUCAAGGAGUUUGUCCAAUUCGCCUGCGCCGACGGCUCGGGGCAGUCCGGGGGACAGCCUAACGGAGGUGGUCACAGCCAGAGCAAAAUGCCAGGCUCCUUCCUGCUGCCCCCGCCGCCCCCAGUGGCGCGCCCCGUGCCCUCCCCAUGCCCGAUUCUAAACCAAUCAACACACCCCGACGGCGGCGGACUCAGCUCGCCCGCAUCUCCGUCAUACUCCACGGCAGGCUCCACAGCUCCCAACAGGUUUGUCAGCAUCGGAGCACGGGACAACUUUCUGAAC